AUGGGCCACAUCGCCGUUCGGCUGCCGCCAUUUUGGCACCGUAGCCCGUUCAUCUGGUUUCAGCAAGUUGAGGCUCAAUUUCUCCUCGCUGGCAUCACCAACCAGUUGACCCGGUACCGGCACAUAGUCGCUUCUCUGCCGCCCGAGGUCGCCAUGGACAUCUCUGACGUCAUAUCGGGCCACACGGCACCACUUCAUAGGACCGGCUCAAGGCUGCCGUUCUCCAGCGGACCACACUAUCUGAUUGAAAGCGGCUUCAACAGCUCGGCGACCGAACACCGUCUCAGCUCCCCAGAGCCAUGCAGAAUCCUGACAGAGCAGCCACUUUUGAUGAAUGAGCUUUUUUUUAUUGUGCUCCGGGAACUGUUCCUGCAGAGGUUACCGGCUACUGUCCAGAUUGUCCUCUCCACCGCCGCCAGUUUGCCCCUUGCGAUACUGGCUAAGCAUGCAGACAAGGUGAUGGAGGUUGCUCUCCCUGGAUUAAGCAGGCCGCGGUAUCCGGCACCAACAGACCGUCUCGCGAUCCGGAUCCCCCUCUGCACGACCGUCACCGAGUCUCACCUUCACCAGAUGAACUCGUGGCAGAAGUAG